AUGGCUAUUUUUUUCCUCGUUCCAAAAUUUCUCUGGCACACUUUUUCUCGUCGAACUGGUCUUAACAUUCGACAAUUAGUUCAUACGAUUAAAGAGAAAUCAGAUGGUGUUGAUUAUGUUAAACAUUCAAUGAAACGUUAUCUCGAUCAAAUGAAUCAAUUACAUCGAACUAAUUGUUGUGGUAUUCGUUGUAAUAACUUCUAUCUUGGUUAUACAUUAACAUACUUUAUUAUCAAAUUUCUUUAUAUGAUUAAUACAAUUGUACAAUUCUUUUUACUCAAUGCAUUUCUUUCAUUUCAAUAUACUGGUUAUGGUGUUGAAACAUUGAAUCAACUUUUUAAUGGUCAUGAUUGGUUUGAAUCACCUCGAUUUCCUCGUGUAACAAUGUGUGAUUUUAUGAUUCGACAUUUAGGAUCAAAUCAACAUUGGUAUUCAAUCCAAUGUAAUUUACCAAUUAAUAUGUAUAAUGAAAAAAUCUUUCUUGGUGUUUGGAUUUGGUUAAUAGUGUUAACAAUUUUAAAUAUGAUAUCAACAAUAUCAUGGAUUAUUUCAUUAAGUACUGGACGUCAAUUAGCUACGACUAGAAAAUAUUUACGAAUUGGCGAAAUUGAAUCAUCAGAAAUUGAGACAACAAAAUUGCAGAGAUUAAAUGACGAACGAGAUUUUCUCGAAUAUAUGCAUUUCGAUGCAUUUCUUAUCUUUAAAAUAAUUGCUCAUAAUACUGAUGAAAUAUCAGCUGGGCAAAUUAUUGAAUAUUUAUAUCGAAAUUUGAAUCAUCACGUAGAAAUUAUAUGA